AUGGGAUCUCUUCCAAACGUUGCAUCGCCUGAUUCAAGUUCGACAAAUCUAUGCACGAUUGAACAUGAUUCCUUAUCUAAACAAUUGAAAACAUUUUUUGAGUUAGAAGAUGUACCUGACAUGAUUGUGUCGGAAAACGAUUAUUGUGAACAGUUCUAUACGUCCACCACAGUACGGAAUUUCGAUGGACAUUACGUGGUCGCAUUACCAUUUCGUGACAACGUUAAUGUAAAUUUUCAGAAAUCAUAUGAACUCGCGCAUAAGCGUUAUUGUAUUUUAGAACAAAAAUUUCGGAAAUCUUUUGAAUUCCAUAAACAAUAUUCAGAAGUAAUUCAAGAUUAUUUACAAAAAAAACACAUGUCAUUUUUAGGUCAUGUAAAUGAUUCCGCAGCCAAUGAAGGGUAUUAUAUUCCACAUUUUGCCGUGAUUAAAGACAGCUCAUCCACACCGUUACGAAUUGUAUUUGAUGCAUCAGCAAAGAAUGCUGAAUUUCCUUCCCUGAAUGCCAACCUAUUUUCCGGGCCAAAGCUACAGUCUAACAUUAUCACAAUUCUUCUUAACUUUCGUUUUGGCGAAAUUGCGUUAACGGCCGAUAUUAAACAGAUGUAUAGAAAUAUAUUAAUUCGUGAUCAAGAUAGACGAUUUCAAAGGAUACUUUGGAGAUUUUCUCCGGAAGAUCCCCUCGGCAUUUAUGAAUUAAACACUGUCACGUUUGGUAUUACGUCAUCUCCUUUUCAUGCGUUACGCACUAUUAAACAACUAGCUAAAGAUGAGAGCAAAAAUUAUCCCUUAGCCACUGAUAUAAUUCAAAAUGAUAUUUAUAUCGACGACGUGGUUACCAGUGCAGACACCGUCGAAAUCGCAAAACAACUUUACGUUCAAUUGUCGAGUUUGUUCCGUUCCGCGUGUUUUGAACUAGCGAAGUGGGCUUCGAAUGAUCGUCUAAUGUAUAAACAAUUUGAAUCACACCAUAAAACACAAAUUAAUUUUUCACAAACAAUUUCUGAAUUUGAUACGUCGGUUAAAGUAUUAGGAUUGAGAUGGGAUCCAAUUCAAGAUUGUUUUAAAUUUAAUAUCAACCUUCUCCAUCAAAAUUGGACAAAACGUCAUAUAUUAUCCACCAUUGCUCGUAUUUGGGAUCCCUUAGGUUUUAUUACGCCUAUCACCAUCAAAUUCAAAAUGAUCAUGAAAGAACUAUGGUUAUUAAAAUUAGAUUGGGAUGAGCCAUUACCUUCUUCAUUAGUUGCAACAUGGCUUAAUAUUUAUAAUCAACUUCCAGAAUUAAUUAAUCUUUCCAUUCCUCGAUUUGUAGGUACCAAAAAUUAUAUUCGUUGUUCUCUUUACGGUUUUGCGGAUAGUUCAGAAAAGGCUUAUGGGGCUGUGAUUUAUAUCAAGCCUUGCCAUGAUAAUAAAUAUUACCUUCUUAUUUCAAAAUCAAAAAUUACUCCAAUUAAAGUUCAAACUUUAGCUAGGUUAGAGUUGUGUGCGGCGCAUUUAUUGGCAAAAUUAUUAUCCUUUGUCAUAUCUUCCAAUCAUCAUUCUUUAUGUAUCGAAGAAAUAUAUGGUUUUACGGACUCGAUGAUUGUGCUUCAUUGGUUAACAGGACCAGCUCAUAGAUGGAAAACUUUUGUCGCAAAUAGAGUAACGAAAGUUCAUGAUUUACUUCCUUCUGCCAAGUGGUAUCAUAUUCCUUCCGAGGCAAAUAUUGCCGAUUGCGUUUCUCGUGGUUCAUUACCAAAUACAUUGCUUAAUAAUAGUAAUUGGUUCACAGGUCCCUCAUGGCUUUACUCUCAAAGAAGUCAUGGCCCAUACGUUCUACGUUAG